CUGGAUCCUCAUUCGGCUGCCAGUUUCUCGGCUGUACGCGGCAACGAGUGUAGCCACGCUCCUCGAACCACGAUAUUCGUGACCUUUUCCAAUCGGGGAGGAAUCCGUUUUCGAGAGUCCGGUCCGCUUCACGGAACAGGAAGGGACAGAACCCGCUGCCUCUGUCGCUGCCGCUGCCGCUGCUCUUCUUCCUCGUCGUCGAGUCAAGGACGCUCGGUGUGCAGCCUCUAGUGGAAGCUCGUCGUCGUCGUAGUCUGGAGUCUGCUUCUUUCUUUUGUUUUUCUCCGACAUCCCUGCAAAUCGACGUACCGUGCUGUUCGCAUCCAGGCUGUUUCCGUGCACACGCACCCGGGGGUGAGACACCUUGAGCGAGAAGGUCCAGAAGACGCAGCGGAGGGUGUACGCGUGACGGUCGUUCCUCGGGGGAGCUUCAGGAAAGAACGAUGGCCACUUACGCGACCUACAGACACGUCGAGCUCGACAAUGUUGGAUACGGAAAGAAAAGGGUGUUGAAACCCCCUGGUGGCGGAAGCAGCGAUAUUUUCGGCGCGGCUCCCGAAGAGACUAGCCCCCGCCGCGUGAAGAACCACAACCAGUCGCAGCUGGGCUCGGCGUUGUUCGGCGAUACACCGAACAGCAACAGCAACGAAACGCCGCGCAACAAGCCCGGUAAUGAUUCAUACAAUCGCCUGUUUGGCCCUCCCGAUGCCCCACCCACCACCCCAAACGCGAAAAAUCACAUGCGCAGCAAUAUCUCCCUCAGCGGGGAGUCGACGUCCUCAUCGGUGUCGUCCGGCGCCGCGACGUCGCCCGCGAAGAGCACCGGCAGCUCACACUCGGUCGCGGGCGUCCUCAACGGAUGCGCGGCCAGCAAUGGCAACAAUUUGAACAACGAUGUCACAGCAGCUUUUAGGAGAAUCAAACGAUUUCGUGGAUCAUCCUGCUUAACGCGCAACCCGGUCACCGGAGACGGAGUUGCUGUCACGCCCGUGAGGCGCAGCGCACGAAGGUGUCGAGAUGGUAACCCGGUAACCGGAACUGGCUACGCAGAGUCACAGAACGGGCCUGCCGUGCAAAACGGAACGUCCAGCUCGAAUUCCAGCGAGAAAUCGAACGACACGUCGCCGGCGGCGAAGGCGCCGGCGGCACGCACACGCGUGCCACCCGGUGGAUACUCAUCCGGACUGUGGUAAAACCGUGGCCUCUUGGACAACCGCUGAUCGGCAUCCUCCUUUUUUGGUUGGCGCCGUGAACCCUUCCAGUGUUGGCAAAUUCGAAGGAAACCGGGCCCUCGUCGAUAUCUCAACCCUCGAACACCACCAGCACUGCAGACACCGACAUCCCCCCUUCUUCCGUGAACGAAAUGGAAGAUCGUCGUCGACCAUUUUGUACUCUUCUUUCAAUGAAUUCUUCUGGACGAUCAGAUGGUUUUCUUAUAUAUUUAUAAGUUUCUUAUAUAUUCCGCUUUUAUCGCAUACGCAUAGGGUAUCGAGCUGAUUUUCGAAUUCCGAUUCGAGCCUUCGUUUUAUCGCUUCGUGUCCUAUUUGGUCGUUUAUGUAUUUCACGUGCCGUGCCCGAUGUUACGUAAAGUGACGAGUACUCGUGUAGGACAAUGGGAAAUUUCGGGGCGCGAGACGAGGGAAGAAAAUCGCGAUCUUGCGAAUCGGGAAUCGUGUCGGUCUGGAUCUUUCGUCUUCGGGAUAUCCGGGCUUUCAAGAUUUCGCAAUUCGCAACCGAAUUCCCUUCGCGCGUUUCGCGUUCCGGUAUUUCCCUCGCUGUGUGUGUAGCUCGUGGACUGUUCUCCGCGGCCUUGAUGCUUAGAUGUUCGCUUUUCCGUUUAUUUAUUUUCCCGCGUUUCCCUUCUUCGUCUCGUUCAAUUUGGAGGAAAUCGAUUCCACGGUGGCCAGGUGACGUGAGUUCUUUCGUGAUGCGAGCAAUUGCGACAGCACUGGAAGGGUUAACGGUGCGCGGCAAGACACGCGAUGUAAACGAGUAGAGAGAGAGAGAGAGAGAGAGAGAGAGAAAGAGAGAGAGAGAGCAAACUGUCAUCCCUGUGACGAUUCUUAGGUCCUAAUUGCCGAAGCGGGUUAGAUGGUGACAAGGGAAAAGAAAAAGGAAAAAAAAGAGAAAAAGAAGAAAAAAUAAGAGAGAGAGAGAUGAGAGAAACGUCAUUCCCUUUCCCUCGGAGUAUAUUUCCCGUUCCCACGAUUUUUUGUAAGCGCAUAACUUUAUUCAGGGAUAGUAGAGCUUGUGUUUUUCGAACCGUGAAAAAUAAGAG